AGGUGGACCUCCACGGCGACUUCUCCGGCUACCUCUCCGCGCACCCCAAAGUCCCUCUGCUGACGUUCCACCACUUCGACGCCAUGGACCCCAUCUUCCCCAAAAUGGACCGUUUCCAGUCCACGCGCCACCUCAUGACCGCCGCCGCCGCCGACCAGUCCCGCCUCCUCCAGCAGACCAUCUGCCACCACCGCCCCUCCAACUGGACCUUCUCCGUCGCCUGGGGCUACUCCGCUCAGAUCUACGAGUCCAUCUUCCCCAGAAGCUUCCUCCAAAUGCCCAUCGAAACUUUCCGGCCAUGGGCCAAGGGCCCUAAGCCGCCGUUCUACAUGUUCAACACGCGCCCUGUCCCGGCCGACCCCUGCGACGCGCCGCACUGGUUCUUCCUCGAAUCGGUCUACCGGACCGUCGCCGGCGACCGGAUCGUCACCGGAUACGCCCGGGCCCGCCCGCGGGGUCUGCCGCCGUGCGCCGCCGCCGGCAACCAUUCCGCCGACCUGAUUACUUAUGUGAGAGUGUUUUCUCCGGCGAGAAAACGUGUUCAAAUGGAUCGAUGCGAAUGCUGCGACGUGGGGCGAGUGGAUGGAUCGACGGCGGAGAUUAAAUUUAGGGAGUGCAGUGAUAAUGAGGUUAUUGCUUGA